GUCCAAGAGAAACCCUAGCAACAGUUGAUUUAAGGCGGCGCUGCACAGCUUGCUUCAGAACCCAUCGCUCGCAGAUUUCAUCUCUCUGUUAAAGCGAUGUCGUCAGUCGGCGAAUCUGCUUGCUCUUACGCUGCUUUGAUUCUCUAUGAUGAUGGCAUCGCCAUCACCGCUGAGAAGAUUGCGACACUAGUGAAGGCUGCAAAUGUCUCUGUUGAAUCUUAUUGGCCAAGUUUGUUCGCUAAGCUUUUCGAGAAGUGCAACAUUGAGAAUCUCAUAACCAAUGUUGGAGCUGCUGGUGCUGGUGCUCCGGUUGCCGCAGCUGCACCUAUUGCAGCUGGUGGUGGUGGUAGUGCCGCUGCUCCACCUCCUGCUGAGGAAAAGAAGAAGGAAGAGCCAGAGGAAGAGAGUGAUGAUGAUAUGGGAUUCAGUUUGUUUGAUUAGGAGCUCCUUUCAGUGUGUGAUUUGGGCAUUAUGCAAUGAUGGUAGUUGCUGUUAUGAGUUUUAUUGGUUUUGAUAUUUGUCUGUUAAUUAGAAGACAAUGGCUCUUUUUGAAUGAAGUGACGCCGAGUAGUUAUUCCUUUUUGA